UCUUCAGCUCUGCCGCUUGGAUAUGAUGGCUGCCGCAGCUCUGUCCUGGUGUCUGGGCCUCUCCGUCAUCCUCCUGUGCCCGGCUACACCUUGGGCGUCUGCAGAGGUGAAGGACUGUCCCCAUCUUAAAUGCUUCUACAACUCAAGAGCCAAUGUCUCCUGCGUGUGGAGCCGGGAAGAGGCCCUUCAGGUCACCUCCUGCCACAUCCAAGCCAAGUCGAGCUUCCGGUCCUGGAAUAAAACCUGUGAGCUAUUUCCUGUGGGGCAGGGAUCCUGGGCCUGCAACCUGAUCCUUGGGAACCUAGAUUCCCAAUCACUGACUGCUGCAGAUUCUCUCAACAUAAGUGUGGUGUGCUGGGAAGGGAAGGGCUGGCGCAGGGUGAAGACCUGUAACUUCCGUCCCUUUGAGAACCUCCGCCUGAUGGCCCCUCAUUCACUCCAAGUUCUGCACAUUGAAACCCAGAGCUGCAACAUAAGCUGGGAGGUCUCUCAGGUCUCUCACUACAUUAAUAGACACUUGGAAUUUGAGGCCCGCACACGUUCCCUGGGCCAACGCUGGGAGGAUGCACCCCUGCUAAGCCUUACACAGAGACAGCAGUGGAUCAACCUGGAGACGCUUACCCCUGACACCUCAUACGAGCUCCAGGUGCGGGUCAGGGCCAAACGAGGUGACCGCAGGACCUGGAGCCCCUGGAGCCAGCCCCUGGCCUUUCGGACAAGACCAGCAGAUUCCAGGAAGGAGACCCUGGCCCUACCAUGGCUCAGACACCUUUUACUGAGCCUUGGGUGUGUUUUUGGCUUCUUGAGCUGUGUCUACGUUUUAGUCAAGUGCCAGUACCUCGGCCCGUGGCUGAAGACAGCUCUCAAAUGCCACGUCCCAGACCCCUCUGAGUUCUUCUCCCAGCUGAGCUCCCAGCACGGAGGAGACCUUCAGAAAUGGCUCUCCUCGCCCUUCCCCUCAUCCUCCUUCAGCCCUGCCGGCCCUGCCCCUGAGAUCUCUCCACUAGAGGUGCUGGAGGGAGACACCAAGGCCAAGCAGCUGCUCCUGCUACAGCAGGACACAGCCCCCUCACCCUCGCCCAGCGGCCACUCCCAGACCAGCUGCUUCACCAACCAAGGCUACUUCUUCUUCCACCUGCCCAACGCCUUAGAGAUCGAGUCCUGCCAAGUGUACUUCACUUACGACCCCUGCAUGGAAGAAGACGUGGAGGAGGAUGGGCCAGGGCGGCCCGAGGGAUCGUCCCUCCCUUCUCUGCUCCCUCUGGCUGGGGAAGAGGAUGACUACUGUGACUUCCCACCCAGAGAUGACCUGCUGCUCUUCUCCCCCAGCCUGAGCUCCCCCAACACUGCCUUUGGGGGAGUAGUAGCCCCGGAAGAGAAGCCUCCCCUCUCCCUGCAGGAAGGACUUCCCUCUCUCCCAUCUCCUGACCUGAUGGGCUUGCAGUGCCCUCCGGAGUUGGUGCAGGGAGGUGAUGGAGAGGAGCUGUCUGAUGGAAGCUCAGGGGAGCAAGCCAGUGUCCCUGAAGGUAGCCCUUGUGAGCAAGGUCAGGACACGGCCCUGGCCUCUGUGCUGCCUCCAAACACUGAUGCCUAUCUGUCUCUUCAAGAACUACAGGCCCAGGAUCCAGCCCACCUGGUGUAGACUAGGUUAGGUCAGGUUUGAAGGGGACCGGUUGAGGAAUGUUCCUGGUUAUCCGCACCCCAACACUUAGUCAUCCUCUUCUGAGCUCUACUUGCUGCUCUCUGGUCCAAGCAGGAUCUGGGGUGGGGAGGGGUGGUCAGCUCCCCCUCCCUCUCUAGUCAUGAGGUCACUAGCUUCCUGUACCUGCCUUACUCCUGCUCACCUUCACAGAGCAGCCAGAACCUGCUUCCCCAAACACAAAUGUGCCCCAUGCUCCUCUUCUGUCCUUGAGCUUGCCGUGGCUCCCUACCCCUCCGCACCCUUCCCUGUCCCAACUCUUGCCUCACCAGCACUGCUGGGGGGCAGCUGUCCUCGGGGUGUGGCGUGGCUGCUGCUGUCUUAAUCAGCUGCGUCUACCCAAACUAAGAGAGCCUGAUAAGACUGGUUGCAGCCUGUUGACUGUUGACAUUCUCUCAUAGAAGGAGGGGAUGGGAAGGGUCACCAAACUGUCACCAGAGAUUCCAGCCACUCUCCUGCCCGCCAUCUCCAGCUAUGUGUAAUUCCGCCCCUGGUGCAUGUGUUCUUGGAAGAUGCUGGCAUAUGCCUGGGGAUGGCGGGUAGAGGAUUGAUUGAAGUGAGGACUCCAUCUAUGUAGCUGUAGUGACAUCAUCACCUGCUCUGGGGUGGGAGUUUCUGUGAUGGAGUCCCCUAGGCUCCUGCAAGUAAGCCUCUAAGACUCAAAGGUUCACCAAGCUGGGCUUGUGGAUUCCUGCCUUUGAAACCAUAUAUGGGAGAAGUAGAUAUCCGUUCAUGUAUCCCCCUCAAUUCUCCCCCAAAAAAGCAUACUCAACAAGCAUUGUGUCAGCAUUGUGUCCUUUGUGUAAACCUCACAAGGAUCCCACGGGGUCCCCUGGAGUCCCCCUCUUGAGUGACACCCAUUCAGGCACUAUUUGUUAUGCCUCACCUAGGUGACAAAUGUCCCUCAUCUUCACCUGGAAGUCCUGUGCGGCUUCCCUAACGCAUUCACACUUCCCUGGUCCACACUAGAAGGAGCUGAUGGGGAUAGCGCCUGACCCAUCUUCCUUCUUUGGAGCUAUCUCUUGACCUCCCAAUGACAGGCUCAGCGUGAACACAGAUACCUACACAGCAGUGGCUGCUGUACCUUUCCACGCCCACCCCAUCAAUUCAUGAGGGAGCCUGCUGAGUCCCAGCAGCCCAGGCAGAGAUGGCAUGCCUAGGUGUACCAUCUCACCCUCAGAGGAGAGCAUUGCUCUCUAAGGCAGCUCCUCCAGCACAGGUCUCAGUGUCUGUCAAUGUUCCAGGGUUGGUGGCACCAUGGUGAUCAGAUCCUAUCUCCUAAGGGAAGCAGAAACCUAGACCUAGCUAAUGGAUGCCCUACCACAGUGCCUGCCUCAUGGUUCCUGCUCAUACUCAUUGGCUGUCUGGCCAGACCACAGGCCUACAAGCUGACUGGCAGCCUGAGCAUAGAAGGUCUGUCACAGAGGCUGGGCCUGAUCUAACCAAGCAAAUUAUCUCUCAGUCAGAUGUCCUGGGAGCUGGUGCUUGACACAAGGCCCCAAAGCUUAGCAAGAAGAGAUGAGCCAAUGCAGAGGGUGUUUGGGUCCCAUGCAAGAGUUUUCCUGCCUACCAGGGGUCAGAAGUCCUGCUUCCUUCUGUAUGAAAUCCCACACAUUCCCUCCUGCCACAGGAUGCUGUCUGUGGCCAUCCUCCUCUGUCUCAAUAAUGGAUUAGACCCAAACACCGCAUCCAUACUCUUGACUGUGUAUCCUGGGCAAAUGUAAAAAAAAAGGAAUUCUUUUGCCUUAGCUCCCAAACAGAAAUAGAACUUAUUUCCACUGUUUGAAGAGA